AUGGCAUCAUCCUCGUCUUAUUUACAUCCUAUGUCUGGGACAUCUCCAUCUUACUUACACAUGGCAUCAUCGACUUAUUUACAUAAUAUGGCCCCGCCUGGAACUAAACAAUGGACAACAGUGGGCUCAUCACAACAACAACAAAUGACUAGUUCAACAACGAAUAAACAACAACAACAGCAACAUUCAUCUCAACAGUCAUCACAAUUACAACAGCUAGAUGGGUUGACAAAUCAUUUAAGUCAAAACAGUUUAACAAAUAAUUUGAUACCUUCGACUUCUCAAACACAAUUGGAGAAAAACUUCGAAUUACAACAAGAAGAUUUUCCACCACUACCCAAAAGUGCAACAAUAUCGCAGAAUCAGGAAUCAACAUCAACAAUAUCUUCACAACAGACAUCUAAUAAUUUAUUACCAUCAGUCUCCUCUUCAUCCUCUUCAUCUCAGCAUCCAUUUAACAAUUAUUCAGCAACAUCCUCGAAUUCUUUAAAUGGUUUCACGUCAUUGAAUGAUUUAAAACAAUUGCAACAACUACAGACUUCAUCAUCUCCUUAUCAUCAUACAUCAUCGUCACCCAGUCCUACUAUAUUUAAAUCAUCCGUUGAUCAAAUGAAUACUCUUUUAAAUAGACAACAAUCGAUUCCUGCAUCUCAAAGUACAUCAUUGUCGAAUUCGCAGCAUCCACAAUACAUUAAACAAUUAUCGCAACAACCAUCAGGCUCAGGUUCAUCCACGUCAAAUUCAUCCUCGUCAACUUCAGUGGGAUUUGCUGCUCUGUUAGCGGCUCAUCAGGCUCAUGCUUCUCAACAACAACAACAACAACAAAAUUUAUCGAAUACAAAUUCAACAUCAGGUCAAACGACGACAAGUGUAAUUGGUAGUAAUGGAACGGUAACGGCAAUCUCAGGGCAAACAAGUAAUGGCGGAAAUGUGACGAUUGGUAAUACUUUACCAUCUUCAACAAUCACCGAUCAGUAUGGUCUUGUGGGCCUAUUACAAAUUAUACAACAAGCAGAAAAAGAUCCAAUCGCGUCAACAUUGUUGAAUUGUGACUUAACAACGCUGGGACUAAGUAUGGAAAGUUCUACUGACUUGUAUCCAUCGUUUAUAUCUCCGUUUGUCGAUCAACAAGCUCGUCCACAUGAAAUCGAUUAUCAAGUACCGUAUGAAUAUCAAAUGGGAAUGCAAAUUCGUGACAAACUACCACAAGUGAAAUUCGAUCAAUUGAAUGAAGAUACUCUAUUUUUUUUAUUUUAUUUAUUUGGAAAUGAUUAUAUUCAAAUAUCGGCUGCCAAUGAAUUGUAUCGUCGCGAUUGGAGAUAUCAUAAAGAUGAACGUAUAUGGUUAAC